GGAGACGUUUCCAAAGCCUUUUAUACCUCUCCUUACUAUUUCUCUCUCCACUGUGUCACACCAUGCCCUAAGCCCUCCCACUGGCUCUUUAAAUAAUGUCUUUACAUCCACCUUACUCCUGCUGACCGUAAUCAGUUUGUUUUGGUACAUUUUCCUCACAAGUGGAGCGCAGCUGAGAUUGGAGAGUAUCUUUUGGCCUGCUUUAGGAAGUGAAGCGUAUGCGACUGAUUGUGGUUGUAGGUUUAGUAAAUGAGGGGGGGCGUGUGUAGAGUUGGGACCGGCGUCCUCACAGCUAUAGCCAGGACUUGGAUCAUCAGUCAGACUUUUCCUCUGGGCAGCACCACAGCUCAAGGUGCAGAGGUGCAAUGUUCUCCAGCUGAUCCGGUGGGGAAGCAGCAUCCUGUCAGCGGCCUGCUGAAGAGGGUUCAGGUGGGCCGUGGCUGUGCUGCAAGGCAGCAGGGGAACAAGGAAACUCAUGUCAUUGCUUUGCAAAGAGCAACCAACAGCCCUGGGAACACAGUGACGGUGUUCCUGAAGCCUUCCCAUCUGUCCACCGCUCCUCUCAGGGCCCUCCACCUGGUGCUCAGCUCCAUACGUCCCAUCACCUGGUGGCUGAAGGCUGAGCUGCUGCCCCCCAAUCUCCCAGUACUUGUGCAGGUGUCCCCAAACUCCAGUGUCCAGUCGCAGACUCUACGUUUGCGCGUUGAAACGGUUCAUUCGUUACCGUUUCGCCUCCACGCGCUGCACCGCUGGGCUCUAAAGCAACAUGGCAACCUCUCCUCGCUGAUGCACACGAGGCAAGGCAAUCGAGUCUAUAUCCAACUGGGAGAAGAUCCAUCCCUCCCUGCUGUGUGCCGCCUUCAGUCCUCAUUCCUCUUUCCGAAUUACAUGACCUCGGACUUGCAGCCACAAAAGGUCAAGGGCUGUUCCCAUUCCAGAGGGAGUGAGGCUAGCCCCGAAGUCCAUGUGAUCAAGCUCCAUUCAGCAGGCUCUGGGCUUAGUGGUUCUCUGCAGGUGGAGGUGGUGGUUUCUCUUGUGCCGCCGGUGGCCGCUUCAGAACCACACACGGUUGUGCUGAUUCUUAGCAGCCUGGUCCCAGUCAACUGGGUGAUUACAGCUCCCGGCGUCUGGGGUCACAUCUCUGUUCACGCCUUCCACGGUGUCUCUCCACCUUUUCCACCAGAGCCUGACCUAAUCAUCUCCAGCACACAUGUAUCGGACCUGUCUAUUGUCUCUCAUCCUCUUGCUUGGGCCACUGAGAGCGGCUACACCAAUGUAAGGUCGUACACUGAGGCGGACCUGGCCAAUCGCUUUGUGAUCCAGCUGGCAGAAGGUGGGGCAGGCCAAGAAAGAUUACCUGUGGUGAGCUGCGAAGGUGGUCUCCUCAGCGUGACAGUGGACCAAGAAAAACUGGAGAGCUUAUCUUUGCCAGUUGCUGCCAUGACUCUGCGGGAUCAGAGAUGCCAGGCUGUCUCUAAUGGGAGCCAUUUCCUGUUAGCACUUCCGCUGAUCUUCUGCGGAACUGAGGGCGUGCUUCAGGAAGAGCCCAGAGGGGUGCUGUACAAAAACAUGUUGCUGCUGUGGAGGGACACGCCUCAGAGCGUUGCUGCACACGGAGACAACAGGAAGUCCAGACGCCCCCUCAGCAUACAUAUAAGCUGCUUUCUCAGCAGCUCCUCAAAAUCUGAUGCUGCUGAGGAUUAUGUGACCCUUCCUCUGAUCGGACGGUUCCCACGGGGAGUACGAAAGGCUCUAGAGUUGGUUCCAACUCUCAACCAUCCACCAGCUCCCAUACUCAGGUCUGGCCCUGCGCUUCAUAUGAGGCUUUUUGUCACUGACAGCUAUGAGCAGACAUGGACUGGGCCCUGUGUCAUCACCGCUGACCACCGUGUCUUUGUCGAGAUUUCUGCCAAAGCUGCCCUCGCAGAUGUGGUGCGAGUCAAGUCAUGUUUUGUAUCGCCUCAUUCGGACCCUAAAAAAUCUCCCUUUUGGACUGUGAUAAGCAAUGGCUGCUCCUCAGACUCCUCUCUAAACCUCGGCAUGAAGAUAAUAGGUGGCGAGGAUGAAGACACUGAACGUGAUGCCGAAGAGGAGGAAGAGGCUGAGGGUGACAGAAAUGGUCACGUAGGAAGAGGAUACUCUGUGAUGGACCACGGCAAACCAGACAUGGGAGAUUUGGGAAAAAUACAACUGCUGAGAUUCAGCUUUGUCCUGCGACCAGUUUAUAAUGAGUCCAUGCAGUUCGUCCACUGCAGCCUCCUCCUUUGUCUCUCUGAAUCAGCAAGAGGAAAGCCCAUAAAGGAAGCAGAAGGGACUAGCUGCCAGAGCGGCAUACCGAUCCCUCCACUCGUGUCAGGAUCAUCCAGAGAUCAGUGUGAGAUCAGAAACCUCUCCAGACCCAUGGUGGUCACCCGGCCUAUGAGUUCGCUGGUGACCAAAACGGAACCGUCUGCUGGUCAAAGAACUGAGACACCGAGUCCACAAAGCACCAGUGAGUACCAUCUAUUAAAUCACUUCACUCUACCACAAUUCAACCCGUGUCAUGCUCUGUCCGCAGGCUUUGUGUUGCAAGAAGGGCUGUUGACGGGGAUCGUCUUCGCAGCUUUUUUGGUUGGAGUCGGUUUAAUGGGGGGGCUGUGGUGCAUCUACACGUACACAGGGGGACGCGCAGAGUCCUUUAGGGAUGGCGAUCUAACCAAUCAGCCUGGUGAGGGCUGCAACAUCAGGACUCCGCCUGUCCUGUCUGAUCAGUCCUCCAGCUCGGUUUAGAGGAUUUCCUCCUGCAAAUCUGAGAGUGGAGAAGUGGGACACGGGUUGCAACAGCUUCUGCGUGUUUUUCUUUUUUUUGUGUGUGUGUGUGAGAACGCAGCUGCUUUCUUCCGCGUGCAGAGCCGUUUCUUGCACCUCUAAGCGAGUGGCAUUUUCGCGUGCAGCGGAGAAGAGCGAGGCCCGUAAACAUGUGAAUACAGUAGAUGUGUAUCGUGCGCAGCAUUCCGCAAAGCGCCUCACGUUUGAUUCAGAGUGAAAAGUCACUAGUUUUGACGGCGGGGACCACCCAACACCCGAGUCAUCUCUGAAGCGGCGGCCCGUCGGCACAUGAAGAGACCUGCAUCUUGAGUGGCCUAAAAAUGUUGCUGGUGACUCAAACGAAGAACGCACCAUCACUGUUGGGGUUGCGUGGUAAAAGAGGCGCAUCGGAUACUCUGGAGCUGAGAUACUCCGUGAUGAGCCCAUUUGUUCAGCUCAGAGCCCAGCCUGCUUCAGUGUGAAGAGAAAUGUUAAUGUGCUUUGUCGAAGAUGAAUGCUGUAAUCUGUAAUGCUGGAUGUUGCGUUAUUGUAUUUGCUUAAAGCAUAAAUAAAUAAAUAAAUAAAUAGCUUUUGGGCCUCUCAAGGGCAGGAGAGCAGAA